AAUUGUCGAUUUAUUGUUGUUUUUCAGGAAAAAGACGCCUUUGAAAUACAAAAACCUGCUGCCAUUAACAAACACCAUAAAGUCCAAAGGGACCUUGAGUUGGUCCUUCUUGGAGUAUCUGUUGUUGCGGUGAUCCUGUCUCUCAUAAUACUUACCAUGAUAAGGUACUAACUUAACGCUUAACGGACUUAAACUGAAAAAAUUUGUCUCUUGUGUGUUUAUGUGAUCUUCACUAAAUGUUACUUUGCACUUGACAGUUUUCAACUAUUAUCCUUACGAACAAUGAUUCUUAAAAAUAGCAACUUUCUAUAGCCAACGAAGACGGUCGCUUUUCAUCGCUAAAAGGACACAAGAGACGUCCAUGCCUGCACGAAGAAUCCGUUGAAAGCACUGGGCAAAAAAAUAGGGCUACUUAUCAUUUUUUUAUUCGUUCUAUAGGGUUAAAAGCAGCGAGAGAAUUUUCGUUCACAAGAAUCUUCUCUUUUCUCUUGGACUUGGUAACCUCGUGUAUAUUGUGGAUAUCGCCUCAUUUUCUUCACGGAUGGAUCAUAUUGUAAGCAGUCUCAAGUUUUUAUGGUUUAAGUUCCAAAGUUUACAAGCUAUGUGUUAGAUUAGUUGUCCCCUUUUGAUCUUAUCAGUAAUGUAAUGUGUAGUAAAAAUUCUUCACAACGGCAUUCUGUCCAUUGGAGACUAAUUUGAGGUCUGCAGCUCGCAGUUAUGCAGGUUUUGUGAAAUGCAACUCUAACAAUACGAGAGAUGGGAAGUGAAAGUUCGCUAGAAAGCCAAUUAAAGGUGAUUGACUCAUAAUCCUUAUAAAAUCUUAUGAUUCACAGCAAGAAUAUAUUCAAAAUUUUUAAGUUCUUGUAUUGAAAAACUAGCCUGCGUUGACAUAUUCAGCAUUAAACAACUAGAAAAUCACACUGUUGGGACUAAAAACCUAAAAUAUUUGGGAGACCUACUAUUUCUUUAAUGCUCUAUCAAUUUCGGGUAUCUUACGCUGGCAUCCCAACAUUUUUGCAUCAUAUAGGUUUCCUUGAUCUCCAGUUGCAAAUAAGGACUAAUUGGUGGGUCAAUUGGUUGAGUUGGCAGGCAUUUUUUGUGUGAGCCCGCAAGACUGAGAAACCCCCACAAACCCUUGUUUUUACUAAAACCGCUGGACAAAAAACCUCCCCUGGGUCGAUGUUACAUUGUCACAUUCUGGCUAACCAGAUUGGCACAAGGCCCCGGUUGUUCAAAAGCUGUAUAGCGCUAUCCAUCGGAUAAAUCACUAUCUAGUGGAUAAGUAUUAGGGAAACCAACUGCACUAUACGCCCUUUGAACAACUGUGGCCUGAUCACAAUCAUAAUGAUUCAAAAAAAAAAAAUGACGAGUUUAUUUCUGAUGUAGCUUUCAUUUUUAGCUCAUAAUGUGCAUGAAAAAAUAUUUAAGUAAACGGAUAACAACCCUACGAAUUAGAUACUGGUCUUCUCAGUUUUUAUGCCAAGCUUAACGUGGGUGAUGCUAGAGCCUUUUCACAUGACGUCACGUCUGCCAAGAACAAUCAAACUGCGGCCAUGUUGGUGUCCCUAUCAUUCCUGUGGGAAUUUAACUCUUUUCACAUGUGACUACUCUCUUGUGUCGCUAUAGGCUGCGUGGGGUCAUUUGCUUAGCUGCUGGCUGCGUGAGUGAAAACGCUCUAUUUACUUUACCAGGCCAGAAAUUUAAACAAUAUUGUCUCAAUAUUGAAAUUUUGAUCGAUAUUAAGUAAUGCAUAUCUCUUUGAGUUGCGACUGAAUGAAAGUGUAUUACUCGGUCCAAUCGUCACCCGAAAGAAAAAUCAUUUAAUAACUGAAUAAUAAUUUAAUUAAAGUGGUGAAAAAAGAAUAAAUUUAAAGGAGGUUUUGUAUUUAGGCCCUUUGUUGCUUGGUUACGGUGAUUCAGCACUAUCUUCACACAUCUCUGUUUACGUGGAUGCUGGUGGAAGGAAUCAAUCUUUACAUAAAGCUGGUCAAAGUCUUCUCAGUCAGAAAACAGUAUCUGUCUUACCUGAUGAUGGGAUGGGGUUCGUAUCUUUAUAUUUUUACGAUCAGACCAGACAUGACAUGUUCAGUUUACUUGAAUACGAGAUCCUUUGAUCAAGUGAUUUUGAUUAAGAGAAUUAAUCACUUUUAAAUAUCGUCAUAAUAUUAUAACAUACUUGGUAUUCAAGUGAAAGGUUAAUCUCAAGAGAUUAAGAAAAUUACUGGGAAGAACUAGGGCGUUAUACGUUUGCCACAAUACUUUAUAUCACGUGACCUAAGCCUACAUGUGACUUCACGCGGUUCUGUCGGUUACAAAAUACCACUGAAAGUAUUUUAAAGAAUUCAUAAAUGGAAGCAAUUUAUUGCAGGAUUGUUUCACCAGUUAUUAAAAUUUAGAUUUUAAGUGAUAUAGUUUGUAAAAUGGUCCCAGUAUAAGAUAUUGAAUGAACAAGAACAAAAAUAAGAAUAAUAAAUGGGAAAUACAAAGGUUUAUAACAGUUGAUGAGUAUCUCACUAUCAAGUAUCUCACUGUCACUGUAAAUGCGAAUAAUUCUCCCUUGGUUGAUACAUACAUAUGUAUCUCGGAUUUAAUGAGUAGCAGUUGUGAUAAAAGAACGGAUUUUUUAAUCACAGUAGAUGUUGAAAAGAUUUUGUUUCACGCUUAAUAGAUGUAAGCAGCGAGGCUAAUUAUUAUUAUGUCAGUCUGAAUGAAGACAGAUAAAUCAAGGCAAAAACUAUCUAAACUUGUUUGAAAAGGGAAGUUGUCUUAGUGACCAUUAAUAUAAAUCAGUUUUGAGAUUUUCUUGUUUUUUUUUUUCAAAUUUGUAAAGAAAUCAGUUAUAAUUCCAUAAAAUCGAAGUUGCUAUGCAAUGGAAAGCCUCUAUCAUACACAGGUCUAAUUCUUUUCAAAUAUACCGUAGUUCAUACUAUAAUACCACAAUAUGAUAAAUGCCCUUUCCCCUACAAAGACACAUUGCUGUUCGUCUAUUUGAUGGUAAAAUUAACUGUACAGACCUUCAGUUUUAUAUUAAACAGAAAAUGGUUUUAUUUUCAUUAUUUUAAGGAAUACCAGCAGUCAUCGUUGGCUUGGUGGCUGCUAUUCGUCCUUCAUCUUAUGACAUGGGGAAAAGUUUGUAUAAGAACAUUACAUGCGGAUCAUUGAAAAUUGCUACGAAGAUCGAAAGAACCAGGUACACUGAUAUUACAUUGACAACCUUACUGUUACUGUAGUUUAAUACCAUUAUAGUAAUAUAUCAUUUUUGGCCAUCUCAUUAUUCUCAAUCAUCAUCAUUAUCAUGCUCAUCAUCAUCGUCACCAACAUCAUCGACAUCGUCAUCAAUAUCAUCAACAACUACAACUCAAACACGACAUGAUCGUUAUCAUCCGGCGAGCAUCAUCAUUUUAACGUUAUUAGCUCGCUUUAAAUUAUUCCUGUGUUUACAGAUGCUGGAUAAACGGCAGUCAGUGGAUUUACCAAGGUCCAGUUUUAGCAAUUCUCUUGGUGAGCACCAAUGAUUUCACAUGGCAUCCACGCAGCCGUUUCCCAAGUUUGAGGGUGAAAUUUGCAUUAUAAGCUAAGAAUUAAACCCGUGGCCCUCCAACUAAACGGAAACACAUUGUAGUUCAAAUUGGAGUUUGUGGGUUUUGGAAGACAGAUAAGAUUCGAAGUACCCGAAGGGAAACCUCUCGAAGAAAACAAAAACAACAAUGACAACAACAAAAUCAGCCUUCGUAUGGUGUCCAACCGGGGGACUUAAAACCAGGCCUCAUUGGUGGGGACUCUCACAACUACACCAGCCCUAGUGCUCCUUUGGGCCAUGAAGUCUAAGCUUACCACAUAUAUAUGCUGCAUACUCAGAAAUGGAUUGCCCAGACAGAGUUACGAAACUAGCUUUGGGUUCGAGGCCUGACAGCCACUACAAUAUGUAGUAUAAGACGAUGAAUGUUGGAGUUUAAAAUUUUUACUUCUUGCAGAUAACAUGGAUGAGGGUGCAAUACAAACCGUCAAGUGUGUCACUUGAAAAAGUUAUUGCUCAUUGAAACAAAAUUCAUCUUUUGACUCACAGCAGUUUACAUUCAAGUUUACUCAGUGCUGUUUAGUUACCUCCCUUCGGGAUUUCAUUUUAUGCCCUUUCACCAGCAGUUCAACGACAUUAUUUUUUACAUUGCAGAUAAACUUGAUUCUGUUCGUGAUCAUUUUGAGAGUUGUAUUUGAUAAAAUAUCCAGCAAAUAUGGCAAAAAUAAAAUAGACGCUACAAGGUAAGUUCUCUUGUACAGCAAUAAGAAGGCUCGAUACUAAAUUAUUUCUACUAUUCCUGUAGGUUUAUUUACAAUUACGGAAAAUAGCUAUUGAGGACACUUGAUAGAUUGUCCAAUUUAUAGUAACAUGCUUUUGAAAAACCGUGAAUGUCUCUUUAUAGGAGAGGCAUAAGAAGUACUGUUGCCCUGCUUCCCCUUCUUGGGGUCACGUGGUUGUUGGGAUUCUUUGUUGAUUUCCACGAUUCCUUGAAGUAUGCUUUUAUUUUGGUGAACUCUUUAAUGGUAAGUACCGGUAAAGCUCCAUGGGCAAGUUUAAAUUAUUGAUGUAUUUGUCCCUAGAGUAGACCAAGUUCAGCUGCUCGUUAAUUUGCAGUCUUUUUCUAGAGAAAUAGAAAUAUCAUGACUUCUGCUAACCGAUAAGACUCAGGCUGAUGCUCAAGUGAUAAAGAAAUCAAGAAAGCUUCUUUGCCAAAAACUAGCGAGGCUGACAGAGAAUUUUUGUUGAGAGUUUGAAAACAGAAGUCCCCUUGCCAUACGUGCUGACUCAGUAUUUGUUUUUGUUCAUAGGGACUUGUUUUUUGCAUCUUCCAUUGUGUUUUGGAUGACCAGGUAAGAGGCAUGGUGAAUUCCCAGCCUUUUGCUAGUUUUCCUAUUGAACAGGUGAGCGACAAUCAGUUAAUGACAGUUGAAUUGCAUGACCAACUACUGUGGAACCUUGAUAUAACGAACUCUACAUAUCGAAGUCCUCGGUAUAACGAACAAUUUUCUUUACCCCAGCAAUAGUAACAUGUAUGAAAAAGAACCUCGAUAUAACGAAACAUCGAUAAAGAGAAAAAAUUUUGCCAGUCUCCUGGCUCUUGGUUGAAUCGAGGUUACACUGUAAAUAUACAUGUUCAUCACUCAACUAUUUCUACACCAGGUUAGAGAGGCUCUGCGAGCACGUAAAGCCCGUAGAAGAAAACAGUCAGACCAGAAAGCAGGAACAACGCCCGCCUCCAAUCCCACGACACCAACUGCCCGACAGAAACAGUCGCAUUGA